AUGGACUCGGCACUGCUUGGGGACCUUGCGAUGCGGGACGAUCUGGCGGCUCUCCUCCGCGAGAGCGAAGCGUCUCGCCUGGGAUUGGACGUUCAUGGGUACCAAGCAAUCGUCACCGCCUGCGCCCGGGCCGCGCAGUGGCGAGAAGCCCUCCAAGUUUUGGACCAGAUGCAAUGGGACAGCAUCCAGCCCAACUUGAGCAGCUGCAACAGCGCCAUCAGCGCCUGUGGGCGUGGCAGCUGCUGGCCAGGAGCCCUGGCCCUCCUCCAAGAGCUCCGUGCACGGAAGACUCGGGUGGACUUGGUCGGCCUGAACGCGACGGCCAAGGCCCUGGCGAAAGCGAGUCGCUGGCGCCAGGUCCUUGCCUUGCUGGAUUCACUUCGAGAGGAGGGCAUUGAGCCCGAUGUUGUGACCUACACCGUGCUCAUGGAGGCGGCACAGAGGAGCAGAAGUUGGUCCAGAGCCUUUGACGCCCUUCACGAGCUGCGGCAGCGACAGCUGCAAGCAGAUGCGAUUUGCUUCACUGCGCUGCUGUCCGCAGUUCAGGGUGGCGCGCAGUGGCGGCUGGCACGGGAGGUGCUGGCAGACAUGGCGAGGACCCGAGUGCAGUGCGACCUCAUCAGCUACAAUGCUGCACUGGCCGCUUCUCAGGAGGGCCCUUGGUGGUUAGCAGUGGGGCUCCUCGAUGAAUUGCGGAGCAGCACGGUCUCUCCAGACGUUGUCAGCUUCAACGCCACCAUCACAGCCUGCCUAAAAAGCGAGCGCUGGCAGCAAGGACUCCACCUCCUAGAGGUGCUACGAGACCAACAUCUGCAGCCGACCUCUGCCACCUUUGAUGCCGCCACGAGCGCAUGCGAAAAGGGUACAAGGUGGCUCGCAGCCUUGUCAUUCCUGCGAGCGCGCUGGUCGAAGGCAGAGAAGGCCGAUUCCCAUGGCAGCCGUUCCUUCAGAGGCGAGUCGCCCCUGUUGCAGAUGCGCCUGAACGCCUUCUGGUCGGCGACGCGGGCCUGCGAAAAGGCGCUUGCUUGGGAGACCGCGCUUUCCCUGCUUGGCGAGGCAUCCGAUCUGUCAAUCCACUGCGAUGAGACUGCCUUCUGUUCCGCGAUUCUGGCAUGCGCGAGCGCGCGCGAAUGGCAGAAGUCUCUUGAGGCUUGGAACGAGAUGUGCCGCCGGGGCAUUCGGCCCAGCUGCUCGAGCCGGACGCUGGUGAGAAAGAAGCUGGGAGCUGAAGAUGCACCUGGUCGCAGCCUGAGGAGUUGGAGCAGAGAUGCCUCUGGCAACAGCAGAUGGAGUUGCUGCAUCCCUUGA